GCUGCGUGACGAGCCAAUGAUUUUAUCGCUCACACUUGUCACGCAGAAGACCCAGGCUGUCAAAUGACUGACGUGUAUGUAUCAAAUUUGUUUACAAUUUGUGUAGUGGACGAUUUUGUAGCUUGAGUCUCCACCAGUGUCUUUAGGAGUUUCUAAAGCAGAGAGCCUCGAACAGUGUUAUUGCUGUCAUCACAGCGGCCAUCACACGCCUUUGUCUGCGGAAGUAGUUUUGUGCUGCUCCACUUAACAGGAUAACGCGUUAUUAUUAUUUCAUAACAAGUAACGGAAUAUUAUUGGAAGGUAUGACGAAUUCUUUAUUACUCUAAUAAAUUAUAGCCUGCUGCCAUAAGGCUGCAUGCGGCAUAUUUGCUGUGGACUGUACCGGGGUCAGUGACCGGGGCGCAUGCCGGUCAGUAUGUUCGGAUUCGGACGCCUCUCCGCCGAGGGCAAAGUCGGAAUCGCAUCGGGGGUCGUGUUUUUCUCUAUGCUAAUAUCCAGAACGUUAAUCUCGGAGCGGGUGGACAAAGGCACGCGCGCGUUGCUGUUCCGCGUCCAGUUUCUGCUGUUCAUCAACUCGCUGCUGCUGCUGGGCUCGCUGUACCUCUGGAAGCGCGUGGUGAAGCGGCUGUGCGGAGCCCGAGCUGCGCCUUCCGUCCCGCAGAGAUGCUGGAGGGUUAUAGUCCUGCUGUUCCUCACGCUCGUGCACGGCAGCUACCUGUGCAUGUUUUUCCUCGUAGAUACCGAGCCACACUGGCUCUCGCUGCUGAGUUUCUCCUGUUUGGGUGUUUAUGUCAUCCUGCUGUUCUUCCUAUUUGUUUUUGGCUGCCUAAAUCGCCUUGGCAAGCUGCUGUCCCGCAGCAGAAGUGCGGAGGAUGCGGUCGCGAGCGGAUCAUCCAGACAGACUGUGCUGGCUUUGAUAAUAACUGCAGUGCUGGCAGUGUAUGGGCUGGUAAAUGCAGCUCAGCCUCCUAGAGUAGUUGAUGUGGAGAUCCCAGUAGAGAAACUCCCCGAGUCCCUGAACGGGCUCAGGUUGGUGCUCCUGUCCGAUAUUCAUCUGGGACCUACAGUGGGCCGCUCCAAACUGCAGCGCAUUGUGACUAUGGUGAAUGAGCUCAACCCAGAUGUGGUGGUGAUUGUCGGUGAUCUGACUGACUCUCAGGUGUCUCGGUUGAGGAGCGCUGCAGAACCACUGGGACAGAUGAAGCCUCGACUGGGCUCCUAUUUUGCUACAGGCAAUCAUGACUACUACACUGCUGAUGUUGAAGGAUGGUUUGAGCUCUUGCACACAUUGGGGAUCGAGGCUCUUCACAACAGCCAUGCAAAAGUGUUCCGCCCUGAACGGACUGAAGACUGGAUUUGCCUUGCUGGUAUCGAUGACCUCGAGGCCCGCAUGCUACGAUACCCAGGCCAUGGCAUGGAUGUUGAGAAAGCUCUUAACGGCUGUAGUGCAGAGAGCCCUAUUAUUCUUCUUGCACAUCAGCCUCAUGCUGCCAAACAGGCUCUUCAGCAGCGGCCAGACAUCAGCCUGGUGCUCUCAGGUCACACACAUGCUGGUCAGCUGUUCCCCCUCACCAUCCUGGCAUUCCUAAUGAAUCCAUUUUUCUGCGGACUCUACCGUGUCUCUGAACACACUAUGGUCUACGUGACCCCUGGCACCGGUUAUUAUGGCAUUCCAAUGAGAAUAGCAAGCCGUUCAGAAAUUACAAACAUUGUACUGAAACAGGCAUGAGAACCCCCACACUGUGCCGUGCAGGAAUCAGACACACAUUCUCAUUCGUAUGUUCAUUACCCCUGCAUGCUGCCACACAAACAAGCACUCAUGUAUUACAUAGUAAUGUAUGCAUAAUUAUUUGACUUGUCGGUCUCAUACACUACUAUCUGCUCAGGUUUGCACUAUGAUUUGCUUGAGCACAAUAUCAUAACAUGUCUUGUCUCUUUUAUUACACAUAGAAUGUGUGUAAACGGCUUUAAAAUAGUUUUAAUUGUUAACGUGUUAUUUAAAAGCCCAAUUCAUUCACUGCACAGACAGCCAGCAACAGACAAUUUGAUCGGUUUGGCCAGAUUAGUUUGUUUCCCCUGUUGCUGUCUGUCGGAGCUAGGCAUGGGACGAUUCAAGGUUUACCGCGGUUGGAAAAGUCAAGGUAGUAAAACCACAAAAAAUAUGAUAUACCAUAUGUAAAGUGUUUUUAAGUGUUUUUCCCCCAUGUCUUGUAAAGAAAUUAUGUUUUUAAAACUAAUGAAGACAGCAGAAGUCAAUGAUUCAUUUGAAUUAUGUAGCCUGACAUGUUUACUGCUCCAAAAUAUUAGAAAUGUUUCCUAAAAUGAAAUAUAUUGUGUUCAAUGGGGUAAAGGGUAUUGUUUUUACCCAGACAUUUUAAAAGAAUUAUUUUAGAGCACUAGUCACAAUACUGUGAAACUUAUACCGGCCCAUGCCUAGUAGGAGCCAGUUGAACAUGCUGAAUUGUUGGUCUGGUCAUGUAAUGUCUGAGAAGUGACGUGCUGUAAUCUGUUCAUCUUGUGCAUUUCUCGGCACUGUGUGAAUUGGGUUUUAUAAUAAGUGUGGUAUUGUAAUUUGUUUGCCAAAAUAUUCAGAAAUUCAAGCACUUUAAAAUGAGAAUAUUACAAUUCCAAAAGUGCCAGUUCUUUUUAAUUAAUUUAUAUGUAUUUGUACUGUUUUAGCCAGGCCCUUUUCAUCGGCUUUAAUUGCAGAUCAUAACAAUCAAACUUCAGAAUUCAGGGCACUGUUUCGACUAGUGAGUCAAUCAGGGAUUUCAUCAAACAUCUGUUUGUAACAAACUUUUAUCCAGUCAGAAUUAAAAUGCCUUCUUAUUGUCAA